AUGUUGUCAGUAAAAUGGCAGAGGUCGGACCGAGGCUAGGGAGCGGAGUUUACCGGCUGUCCGCUCUCAGAAACACCGGAGAAAGUUCCGGAUCUCUGCUGGUGAAAUGCACCUUCAGUGACAGUCGGAUAAAACAGGAAUCAACCCGGGAUUCGCGUGACGUUCAGUCAGUCAAAAGCAGAUCAACACGACGCAAAUCAGGGAAACUUUCCAGAGUGACAGCAAGUCAACAGGAAAAUGGAACUUUGUGUUGUGCUCCGUCUUUGGAGCUGGAUUCAUCCCGUUUUAUUGGGUUUGUUCAGAGUUUCCAAGCUCAUAAAGCAGCCCUGUACCUCUCAGCAAGACUGCAGCCUCUCCUCCAGGAGAAGCUGCUGCCUAGCAGGAGGACAGCUUGGAGCAGAGGAGCUGUUUCCCUCAGCCCUGACACCUUCAGGUCCCCUCAGCAGCUCAGAGCCUUCUGCACUGUUAUCUUCAUUCUGGCAGAGCAGGGGUCAGAGAAGCCAGGGGGUGGACUGAGGCGUCUGAAACUACACCCUGAUACCCUACAAGCAUCUACAACUACAAGAAGCUACAGCUGGAGGAAUGACAACAACUCAAAAGAUACUCCUGUUCUGUACAGAAGCAGGACGGCCUAUUACGAUAUCCUCAAAGUGUCUCCCGUUGCCACACAGUCCCAGAUUAAGACGGCCUACUACAAGCAGUCCUUUAUCUACCACCCAGACAAGAACCCAGGGAGCAAGGAGGCCACCCAGCGCUUCUCUGAGAUCAGCGAGGCCUACACAGUGCUGGGCAACAUCAGCCUGAGGAGGAAGUACGACCGGGGUGUUCUGAGCCAGUCAGACGUUCAAAGUGCAGGGAGACCGCCCUCAAAGGAGACCACCAGCAGAUCCUCAGCCUCCCCGCAGCAGCAGCAGCAUCAACACAGAGCCAGGCGGUUCUCCCAACCGGGAGGGAAGACCAUGUUUGAUUUUGAUGCCUUCUAUCAGGCCCACUACGGGGAGCAGCUGCAGAGGGAACAGGACAUGAGAGCCAGGAAGCAGCGCAUGCAGGAGAAACAGAAGGAGAAUCUAAGCAGGUGGAGGCAGUGGAAAAUGAUGGAGAUGACUGUGGCAAUGCUGCUGGCCAUGGCAGGCCUACUUUUUGUCAACAUCAGCAGGCCCUGAAAUAGAAGCAGCAGCCGGACACGUCCCUAUUGGGGGUUGCACGUUAGGACUCUCAGGAGGGAGGGGGGUGGGGUGCCACCUCAGACUGUUUUGCAAUUUUUGCACAGUUUCUGGCAGUUGAAGAAAAUUAUUUUGUGUGUUGCAGGAAUAAACAAAAGCUCACUGUUUUUGUUAGAGGCCAUAGAAAGUCUUGUUAUUCAUAAGUAUUGCCUCAUCUAGAAAGCAGUGCUGGAUCAAAAAACUGUAAUGUCAAUUAGAAACUGGAAAUCUGCAAACCACAUUGCAGGAUUGUGGGAUUAUUGAUUCCUUCAAGGAUUCGAGCAUAUAGCUCUUUGAUGAAUCACAAGGGCACCCAGUGUGUGGGUGAUAAGAUAUCAUUCACAUUAAAUGUUUUUUUUUUAAAACAUUCAUAUCAUCACAAUCUUGGAAAAGUUCAUGCUUACUUGCAACCAUUGCAGGACCUGAGGACCUGAUGUGGACGUCUCAUCGCAGGUUUAGUCUUUGUACCAUCAACAACUGUUGUGAAGUUUCUGUGUAAAUCAUAAUUUAUUUACUUUAUAUAAGUAGUGACAAGUAUGAAGCGGAAUAACCUUUUUGGCAGCUUAAACCAAAGUCUGUCAAAGUGCUGCACAAGGAUGAAGAAAAUUUCAAUGUUUCAUACUGAACAACACAAUUCCUCUGGUUCUGUAAAGUAGACUAAUUUUGAACUGUGCACUUUUAAGAUGAUCUAUUUAAAAAUGAAUGCACAUUUUUGACACCUUCCAGGUGUUUAAUUGUGUAUAUCUGUAUGUACUGUAAAAAUAAGGUGCCACACAAGGGCAACUGUAUUAAGCAAAUAUAAAAAAAAAGUUUGAUUCAUAUGUCUUUCUUCUGAGUUUUAUUUAUCAAUGUAAAUAUGUAGUUGCAAUUAGUGAGCAUUUUAUGUCCUUGGGUGUUUUUUUUGUCGUUGUUGUUUUCCAGUGUUAUAAGAUCUGACCUCUACAGGGCAUUUUAAUGAUCUAUGUGUUACAACUGAAGGCCCAAGGAGCUCAAUGUGCUUAAACUCUGCAGUGGUGAAAAGAACAUGAAGUAUUUUUACGCAAGUACUGUGUAGUUAAGAAUACUUUUGAGAUACUUGUACUUAAUGUAAGUUUUUCAGUGUUCAGCUACUUCCUACCCUUUUUACUAAAUUUAACAGCUGCAAUUACUUCUUACAGAUUAAGAUGUUACACACAAAACAUAUGAUCACAUAUAAAAUGACCACACAUUCAUUUCCUGCAACAACCACCUUUUAUCAAGUUAUUUUAGUCAACGUUAUUUAGUGCAACCUCUUUUCUUUGCAGGUUUCUUAAUUGUAGAGCCACGACACACCACAUAUUGUCUGAAGAUACAAUCAGUUAUUUGGGAGGUUCAUUUGAAUUAAAAACAAGUUGAAGAGCAUAAUUAUAUAAUCUACACACUGUAUAACACAAUUAAAUGGCUAUUCUAUAGUACUUCUAUUUUUUAAGCUUUAAGCACAUUUAGCCCAUGAUACUUGUGUGUAUUUUUACAUUGUUGUAUUAUUACUUUAAGUAAAGGAUCUGAGUACUUCUUCCAACUCUGAAAGUCUAUGUGGGACGAUAUUAAUGCAUGUUAUGGAAGUCUCAGCCUGCAGUGAAAUGCUGUUGCUGUUGUUUAUUUUGUCUAUCUCCCCUUAAGAUGCUAAAUAUGAGAAACAAACCUUGUGAAUGUCUGUGACUGAAAGUGGUCAAUACAAGUCAAACACUUUAAA